GAAAAAAUAAUUAUUUAAUAGAUAAAACUAUAUCUCAUUUUGACUUUAUUUAUAAAUUUUUUUAAUAAAUAUUACUGACUCUUAAGAUUUUUAAAUAAAUUGAUGUAUAAAACUAAUUAAAAAAUAGGACAGUCAUUGGUCUACUUGAGAUGUUGUUAUAUAAAAAAAAGAAAAAUAAUACUAACAAAAGAUAUAGAAAAGUCUUCUCGGCAUUUCUUUUUUUUGGUUAAUUUUCAACAUUUGGCUAAUAUAAAACCUUGGAAUUGUCAAUCCCUUCUUUAAUAUCAGUCACGCCACUCUCCCUUCCAGGCAAAAUGAAUAAUUGGACUUAGUUUUCUCCUCUCAAAAAAGAAAAAAGAAAUCUUUCGAGAAAAAAAAGAAAAAAAGAAACCCAUGUAAAUAGAAAAGGUUCAGAUUCUUGAUCUUCUCCUUUUACCUGCAAAUAUAUUUCAUCUGAUGGAGGACAAAAAGGCACACAUAGUAGCUGCUUCAACUGUUCUCAUCCUGAUCUUUGUCAUCGUUAUCGCUCGAGUUUCACUUAACCUCUCCAAGCCCUUUUACCUGAUUUUAGGAGCAGAUAUUGCAGUAAUUUUAGCCAUUUUUUCUUGUGUAGUGAUCAGAAGGCGUUAUAAUCUCAGAAGCAAGUUGUUAGUUAAACGGUUAGCUUCUGAAGGUAGAGAGCUUCGCAUUGAGUACAGUUUCCUCCGAAAAGUUGCUGGAGUUCCAAUAAAGUUUCGAUACAAAGAACUGGAAGAAGCAACAGACAAUUUUGACGCAUUGCUGGGUCAAGGCGCAUCAGCUUCAGUUUUUAAAGGCAUCUUAUCUGAUGGGACUGCUGUGGCUGUCAAAAGGAUCAAUAGAGAAGAGCGCGGAGAGAAAGAAUUUCGAUCAGAGGUUGCAGCAAUUGCUAGUGUUCAGCAUAUAAAUCUUGUUCGCCUGCUCGGAUAUUGUGUCGUGGCAGGAGGGCCUCGUUUUCUUGUUUACGAGUUUAUCCCAAAUGGAUCAUUGGAUUGCUGGAUUUUUCCCAAGAGGGGAACUAGGAAUAAUCUCCCCGGAGGAUGCUUGUCGUGGGAAUCAAGGUAUAGAGUUGCAAUUGAUGUUGCCAAGGCACUUUCUUACCUUCAUCAUGAUUGCAGGUCAAGAGUCUUGCAUCUUGAUGUCAAGCCCGAAAACAUACUUAUUGAUGAGAAUUAUCGAGCGAUUGUUUCGGAUUUCGGCCUUUCUAAGUUAAUGGGGAAAGAUGAGAGCAGAGUCAUUACAAAUAUCCGCGGUACUAGAGGCUACUUGGCUCCAGAAUGGCUAUUAGAAAAUGGUAUUUCUGAGAAAUGCGAUGUCUAUAGUUACGGAAUGGUUCUACUCGAAAUGAUUGGAGGGCAAAGAAAUGUAUGCUUGAUACAAAAGGGCAAUGACAGCAGUCAAAGAAAAUGGCAAUACUUCCCGAAAAUUGUUAACCAGAAGCUAAAAGAAGGCAAGCUUAUGGAAGUAGUUGAUUCUAGGCUAAUAGAAAGUGGUGGAAUUGAUGAAAGGCAAGUAAGAAGAUUGGUUGAUGUAGCUUUCUGGUGCAUACAAGAGAGGGUUAGGCUAAGACCCACCAUGGCUCGCAUAGUCGAUAUGCUCGAAGGCAGGGUGGUUGUAGAGGAGCCUCCGGAUACACACAUGGUUGUUGUUGAUAUGCUGUCAAUUGAUAAAGAUACACCAGAAGGUCACAAGAGAGCAAAAGUUGCUGCAUUGGCAGCAGAGCAAGUGGAUAGUGCUCAUCCCACUACAUCAUCAUGCUCAUAUUCUAUGUCAAUUAUCUCUCCGAGAUAGCUCUUCCUACUCCUAAAUUUUCUUUUCCUUCUUUCUCCAUUUAACUAGGCCUUUUUGUUUAGCUCUAAGGUAUAUUCAUUUUCCUUUUCUUUAAGGUUUACAAUUUCUGCUCUUUUGGCUAACUAAUGUCUGUGCCUGCAUGAAUGAUUUGAGGGGGAAAAGAAAAGAAGUUCUAAUUCAAAGUGCUUAUAAGCACUUAUAUUUUUUUCUUGCCUCCACCACAUUGUACACAAGUUAAUAAUGGUUAAAUGGUUCCAAGAACCAAUAAUUCUUUUCUA